AUGUCUGCUCCCAUCCGUUACGCUCUUCCUCAACGACCCGCCACUGUUGCGGUCAUUGGUAUUGCUGCCUACUACUUUGGCCGCGAGAAUCCCAGCUUCGCCAACGUGUUUGGAGGCACUGCCAACCUGGACAAGUGGUUCUACAUCAUCGCAAAGCUCCACGCUGCCGAGGCCGCCGCCAUGCUUGUCUACUCGCUCUACCGCGGCGCUGAUCUGAUCACCAGCAUCAAGUACACCCUGACCCAAUUGGUCGUCGGCUUCCCUACCUACUUCCAGUUCAAGAAGCUCAACAACUAA